AUGAAACACUUUCUCCUGGCACUGGCCCUCGCCGGCCUGACUGGCGCAUCGGAUAUCGAAAAGCGAGAGGGCCAUUCCAACCCGCUGAAACAUCUCUACGAAUCGCUCAACGAUGACCUGGCACGCAUUACCAUCUUUGCUCUCGGCUGCGCCGCGGCAGCCAUGUACGUGUGGCAGCUGAGCUUCCGAUUCUCAGCCCACCUGCGUCGCCUAUCAAGCUUCAGCGAUGACCGCCAACGCUACUUCGUCUCUGCCCAGGACACCUUUGCCUGGCUCAAGUCACACUUGAUCUAUGCGCCGCUGUUCCGCACUCGGCAUAACCGCGAGUUCCAGCUCUCGCAGGCUGUGAAUAUGGGGAACUUGCCCAGCCGGUUCCAUGCCCUCCUGGUUGCGGGCGUGGUCGCCAUGAAUGUUGUGCUCUGCAUUAUCACCAUUCCGUACGAGUCUAAAGAGAAGACCGUUGCUGGAAUUGUACGGAACCGUACUGGCACUAUGGCUACGGUCAAUUUGAUUCCGCUGGUUCUGAUGGCUGGCCGCAAUAACCCUCUGAUCGCUAUGCUCCAUGUGCCCUUUGAUACGUGGAACUUGCUUCAUCGGUGGCUGGGCCGCAUUGUGGUGCUGGAGUCUCUGGCACAUGUCUUUGCCUGGGCUAUUCCUAAGGGCCAAGAAGCGGGCUGGAGUAUUGUCGGAAUGGCUCUCGCCAAGAGCAAUUUUCUGUUGACCGGCUUGGUGGCUGCUUGCGCUUUCACGGCACUCAUGAUCCACUCGCCCUCGCCCAUUCGACAUGCUUUCUAUGAGACAUUCCUUCACUUGCACAUUGCCAUUGCAGCCGUCUCAUUCGGCUUUCUCUGGGUUCAUUUGAACGGCCUGCUCGCGCAGACCUAUCUGCUCGUCGCUCUUGUCUUGUGGGCAUUCGAGCGAGCCACCCGCCUUUUGUCCAUCUUGUACCGCAACUGUGGCCGGGAGUCCACCACAGCCACUGUAGAGGCUAUGCCCGGCGACGCAAUGCGCAUCACAUUGCGCGUGGCGCGGCCAUGGACUUUCCGGCCGGGCCAACAUAUCUACCUCUACAUCCCAGCGAUUGGAUGGUGGUCCUCGCACCCAUUCUCCGUUGGCUGGAGCGAAGUGGACGAAGAGCUCUCCGACGAGAAAUCGCUGCCGCUCACCCAUCAAGACUUACUCGCAGCACCCCAAAAGGAAACCAUCUCGUUGCUGGUCCGCCGCCGCACCGGCAUGACAGACAAGCUCUUCCAGCGGGCAGCGAACUCCGUCGGGUCGCGCGUCACGCUGCGCGCCUUCGCCGAGGGCCCCUACGGCAACAUCCACUCGAUGAACUCGUACGGCACGGUGAUGUUGUUUGCCGGCGGCGUCGGCAUCACGCACCACGUCCCAUUUGUGCGCCAUCUCGUUGCCGGCUUUGCCAACGGCACGGUCGCUGCCCGUCACGUCACGCUCGUGUGGAUCAUCCAGUCCCCCGAGCACCUGGAGUGGAUUCGUCCCUGGAUGACCAGUAUCCUGGCCAUGGACCGCCGCCGCGAGGUCCUCCGCAUCAUGCUGUUUGUGACGCGGCCCCGCAACACCAAGGAAAUUCAGAGCCCUUCGGCCACUGUCCAGAUGUUCCCUGGCCGGCCCAACAUCGAUACCUUGGUUGGUAUGGAGGUCGAGAACCAGGUCGGCGCCAUGGGCGUGCUGGUUUGUGGCAAUGGCAGUUUGAGUGACGAUGUUCGCCGUGUUUGUCGCAAGCGCCAAGCUGGUUCGAGCAUUGAUUAUGUCGAGGAGAGCUUCUCCUGGUAG